AUGGCUCUGCAGAAUUUAAAGGGGAGAGGGAGAAAGAGAGACAGGGGAAAGAAAGAAAAAAAUUGAGCGCUUAGCAGAAGAGAGACUGAAUCAUUCGAAUAGGAUCGUUUUGAUAGUUCGAGUUUCUACAUUACGUCGUCGUACCAAACCCCAAACGCCGCACAUUCCGGCCAGGAGAGGCCAGUCGUGAGUCUCCUCUCUCCCUGGGUACUUGGUGCCAAUUCUGCCGUUGCGAUCGUUGAUGAUGAGUCUGCGGAUAUACAGAGUAACAUCUCUUCAGUCAUUGAUCAUGAGAGUGUUCCACUGGUUCUGAUAGUACGUACUCGUCUAUCGUGUCGGCUUUUCCUCCCCAGAUCUUCCCCCUAAGGUCUUACCCCAGACCCCCCAGUCUCGAGCUUCUCCCCGAUGGGCGCCCAACCGUCACCACUAUGAAGUCUGCCGCCUCGUCUGCUUCUUCGACAGACAAGCAUUUCCGCUGUACCAUCUGUCAGCGAGGGUUCACCCGCAUUGAUCAUCUCAAGAGACAUCACCUUCGUCACUCCGGACUAAAGCCCUACUCAUGCGUCUUCUGUAACGAGUCGUUUGCUCGCUGUGAUAAUCUCCGCGACCACUAUGCGAAUUGCGCCAAACGUGGGGACCAGCAGGUCCCUUCAACAUCUCAGCGAGGCCGUAGACGGCAUGCCUGUCAAUCGUGCACUUCGAUGAAGCUCCGAUGUGACGGAGAUACUCCCUGCGGUUCCUGUCGAAAAAGAAAUUUGCCGUGUAACAAAGAGCGGAAAUCCCAAUUGAAAAAUGGCCCCGAUUCAGCCGUAGGACCCUCCAAAGGAAACGAUGAUUCGGAACAAUCCUCAGAUCGGGGCUCUAUCAAAUUCUUGCUCAAUGGAGGGACUGACAGUUUUACCGAACGAUUUCUCCUUCCGCCACGCAGCGAUCGGGCUCGUGGUCUGGAAUAUCAUAAUAUGAAGGGUUUGCAAGAGGACAAUGGUGCCGCCCUACCAUAUAAUAUGAAGCAAGACCAGAUGGAGUAUGCGCCUGCGUUUAUCGAUUCAGAUCCGGUCACCAUGUCUUUCUUCCAGGAUACCUUUGUGAACUUUUUCAAUAACCCGUUUGGAGAUCCGACCAAACCAAUGGAUGAUCCGUACCAAGGCGGGGUUGCAUAUCAAACAGUUAUACCUCCAAACCAGGAUCCAAGCUUGACAUUACCUGGACAGCAGCCCCCAUUCGAGCCCGAGAGACCGUUUGCAUCUGCCAUGAUCCAGUCAAUUUUAACCAGAGCAUGGACCGUGCCUCUGGACGGAAAGGCACAAGAGGAAAUAUCUCACAACUUACAUUUUCUCCUUGCCACAUCACGCGUUCGAAGGUUUGUGGCGAUGUAUUUCAAGUACUGGCAUCAGAGUUGCGCGAUGAUCCACCCUCCAUCUUUUGACCCUGAAACCGUCUCCUUGCCGUUACUCACUGCGGUUGUGUUCAUGGGCGCUAUGUAUUCUGGUGACGAGAGGGAAGUGUACGCCGCAAAGCGAGUGCUUGACUUUGCAGAAUUAUUCGUCUUCUCCAGUGAUGUCUUCUCCAGUGAGAGUGAAAUUGGCGCCGCUUUUUGUGGGAACCGGAACCUGGACGAGGAAGCAAACGAUUGGGUCCAAUUCCAGAAUCUACAAGCUGGAUUCAUCACUAUUAUCACACAGUAUUGGGCAGGAAGCCGUGAGUCACGAAAUCGUGUGAUGGAAAAUCGAUUCAGUGAAGUUAUUAAGGUUGCUCGUAAAACCGGCCUCCUCAAAUGUCGUCACCUACCACAGGAUCGUAUACAGGAAUACUUGUGGAUCCAAAAAGAAUCUCGUAUCCGUACUGUCAGCAUCAUCUCGCUGCUCGACUGUGCUUUCUCGUUCUACCAGAACUACCCGUGUCGCCUCAGCCAUACUGAAAUGGAUAGCGAAUUUCCCUGCUAUAAUGCCAUAUUCAACUCCGAGCAUCCAUUUGCAGAGCCCAACUUUCGAUUUUCUCGGGAUUUGAUCAUCUCCGAGGCUUUCCAGAGUCUAUUUGAAGAUUACCCUACACAAAACCCCUCGCCGUCACCUAUCUCAGAAGGAAGUCAAAUGAGCCUGACAGUAUUUGACAUGUUUAUGUUAAUACAUUUGCUCUACGUCUUCACCAACACACAUAUGACUCUUCUCGCUGUGAUGCGAAAACAUCACGCUAUCUUACCAAGCAUCUCACCCGGUGGAUCCGGGGUCGAUGCAGCCCAGAUCACCGCAAUCCCAGAUGACGCAGUUCUAGAUGGGAUUCGCACAGCACUCACGCGCUGGCGCGAGCACUGGGAUGUUUUACGUGCUCAGGUGCCUCGCGAAGAAUGGGCCUCCAUGGGCUUCUACAAGAACGGAUAUAACUUCUGGCUAGUUUCGCAACUUCUCAUUACCAAGAAAGAGAGUAUCGAUGUGGUGAUGCAGAUGGAGAUCAAGUGCGAAGACAAACUUGAGAAGCUCAAAGUGCUACUGAUGGAUGAGAAUGACUGAUCGCCGAUGAGGACGUUUAAUGAGUAUAUAUAAUUUUAUGCUGUUUAUAUUCUGUGGUAUAUAUUAUGCAAGGAAAUGGGUUGGAGGUGAAGUUGUAUCUAAGAUGUCUGUUUGUUGGCUUAUAUGGAUUAUCGAGUGGCCAAUCAAUACCCCGUGAUGCUCGUUUAUAAUCAGAUUCAUUGAACUCCCUGCACUUCUAUCAUCCCGUUCGAUACUGUCAAAGAAUGAAUAUAACCAUGACGACAGCCUACGCAUACCCCAACCUCCAAAACGUCUCAAUAUUCGUCUCCGUAUCCUCAUCCACAUAUGGCUGUGGCUCUGCAUAGCUCACCCUCUCCCCAUGCAACUCUGCCACCUUCCCCGUCAAAGACGAGUCACUCACCAACUCCUCCACAGCCUUGGUCACAGUCUCCAUAGGCGUCAUAAUCAUCGAUUUAAAUAAUGCCACAUCCGGCGCGAUGUUCGUUU